AUGGCUGGUAAACCACCGUCCAGAUUGGGAGGAAAGAAGGAUUUAACAACAGAAAUACUAACCUUUCUGCUAGCACGUUUUGCGAAAAUCCAUCGUUCGGCGGAGGAGCGAUUCAACGCGUUGAGAGGUGAAGGACACACACUUGAAGUCUUGGAAUAUCGAUUUCAAAAAGAAUUACAACUUCAUGCGAACCUUCGUACCAAUGCCGCACAAAUCUCCAAAGCUAUUUUAAACCUUGUUCAACAUGCUCGAGCGACUGAAUUCCGUAGGGCUGAUGACUUACCCACUUCGGGCGACUUACAAUUGCCUCCACCAAAGAUCCGAUCCACAAGAGCUAGGGCAUCUCUAGCGACGAAUUCUAAGCCCAAACUGAUUGUCAAAUUGAAGGUCAAGAAUGGUUGCUUCGAGCCGACAGUGGUACAAUAUCCUUCUACUAGUGCCUCCUCGCACACGCCGACAGGAUACUUGAAGUGGCAGAUUCGCAAAUCUGGAGCGCCAGUGUCAGCUGAAAUCCCUACGGUUGUAUGUCCCGAGACUUUGGAGUAUAAGGGUUAUCAUCUAGAUCGAAAUCAGUUGUAUUAUAAUGCGCUUGCGCGUAGGGCGGGUACCAAGGAAGUCAUCAAGACACGAAUCAACGAUGCUAUGAAGCAGGGCGCAGAUAAGGAGGAGGCAACUAGAAGAGCACAUUCAUAUGCGGAGUCUCGAAUUUGCAUAUUGAUUGCAAAUUACGAAAUCCGAGAAGAAGCAGAAGAAUCGGAAGAGGAAUGA